UGUCGUAUAUUGUAGUUCCAUUCAUUCGUAUCAAAAUAUUGCCGUGAACAGUUGUUGGAGUUGAAUUUUCUCCUCUUAAAUCUUCUAAAUUAGAAGCAGUUUUCAUUUAUAUAUAUGUAUGUGCAACAUACAUCUAUAUAAAUGACAAAUUAAAUUGGCUUUCUAUUGUCGCACACAUAUACGCAUAAUAAAUCCUGGAAAUUGUUAUUUCACAAAACGUUCUGAAAAUUGUGUGGAUUUCUGGGGGAAUUGCCUAUUUCUAACGCAUUGUAAAAAUGUCUGAAGAAGAAUCAUUUGUUAUAUUGGGCUCGUCUCCGGUGCCCUCAAUGGAAUAUGAUGGGGGCGAUAGAAAUGACUCUGGAGCUGAUGUUUCAUUACAAUCGGAUACACCUGGCAGCUGUUUUACAUCAUUGAAAAGUAGCCAGCUAGGUGAGCUGCAAAAUGCCAGGCAAUCUUCUAAUAAAACACCAACUCCAUCUACAUCAAUCAAUGGUGCGAAUGAAGCCGAAAUCAAUGACGUUUCGAAAGAAACCCCACUUGUGUCUGACUCUAAGGAAAAACCUCAAACUUCGAUGUCCACAUCAAUGCAACGUUCAGCUGAAAGCAUUCUAUGGUCCAGGCCACAAGUAGAUGUUAAAAGUGACUUUCUGCCAAUCAGUUUGGAAGAAUUUGCAGUACAAUCUCCGUUGGAACGUAGUCCAAAGACAUCGCUUAAUUCUCGACCACCACCAUCACCGCCUAAUAUGUCUGGGAGUUAUAAUUCGAACAAUAAGGAGAAUAUACAACCUAACGAAGGUGCAAUGAAUGUUGAGAAAAAUAUGACAUCUUCUCAAAACAAUGGCCAAACAGCAGUAUCUUCUAAAGCCACCAGUUUGGCAAGCAGUUUCAUACUGGGUGAAGUAAAUGCUGAUGCCUUAAAGUCAAGUGUUUAUUCUCAAUUUCCGAGCAUUUCAAUGAAAGCCAGCCCAGAAGACGUCAUGAAACUACAAACCAUGUGCAACGAGUAUGUGCAAUUGAAAUCGACCCUCGAGAAAGUACAUAACACAAUGUCAUUGUUCUACAAGAACUCUUUGGAAUGGAAAGAGAAAAUGAAUAUCAUGGAAAAUCAUUAUAAGGAACAAUUGAGCGACUGUCAAAAUCAAAUUGAAGCUUUACGCGCCGAAAAUCUACAACUAAAGAAAAGCAUUGACGUGCAAGUCGAACAAACAAAAGCAGUGGAUUUGGCCCGGCAAAAGGAUCGCGAGGAUAUGAUUAAAACCAUAUCGGAAAAGAAUUCCUUGGUGGAAAAUAUGAGAGCACAAAUUGUUAAAUUGGAACAGCAAAAUACCGCAACAUUUGAAUUUCUACCCAAGAAGCACGGCGAAAAGAGCGAUACCAACUUCGACAAUUUAUAUAUAACACGUGGCGAGCAUGAUCACAUUGUCAAGGAUCUUAAACGACAAUUAUCCGAACUGUUGGCCAAAAAUUUGGAUAUACAAGAUAUGGAAAAAAAUUAUAUUGAUGAAUUGAAUUUUCUCAAAGUGAAUUUAACAGCAGCUGAAGAAUUAGUUGCUAAGAUGAGAUCCGAAAUUGCUGAACUAAAAGCUGCCGAUAUAACGAAGCAAAACGAAAUUGAAGAACUCAAAAGAAAUGCUGAUUUACUGCUCAAUGAAAAUACCAUACAAAACGAACGUAUUAUCCUUUUGGAACAACAAAACGAAGUACAUCGUAGAGAUUUCGAAAUGGAACGGGAAAGCCGACAAACGGCUGUGGGUGAAAAGACACAAGUGCUGCAAGAUUUGAGAGCUUUGCAAAAGCGUAAUCAAGAAUUGUUGGAAGAACGCCAAAAGCUAAUUGAAAACUAUGAACGUCGUGUAUCGACAAUGUCUUCGUCGUCGUCGGGUUCUUUGGUGGCUGCUGCAGCAGCUGCCCAAACAUACCUUAACAAUCCCCAAAGGCCCAUAAGGCAGGAGUUAACAGCUAAUUCAACAACGAAUCCAACAGCGACGGGAGCCCUUCUAAAUUGCCCCAUAUGCAAUAAAACUUUCAAAUCUUUAUCGGUCUUACAGAGUCAUGUCAAUGAUUGUAUAGAUAGGACUUAGAACUACUCUCCGAACCGAUAAAAUAUUUUAAUCAGAAACAUUAUUGUAUAGGGGUAAUCUUUGGAGAUCAGUAUAUGUUAUCUCUUUAACUUGUCUAAUAUAUUGGUGGUAUGUGCUGGAAAUCUAACCGAUUAUCGAUAUUUCUUUGGCGGAUUGUCCACAUAAGAAGUGGUCAUUAUUUUUAAGAUAUAAGUGAAUAGAUUUAUGUCAAAACGAGUCGAUAUGUUUACCAUCACAUACCCCCUACAUAUUUAUAAUAUAUAUAUUUUUCUUUUUGUUUUAUCAUUAUAUAUUUUUUGUUUAUAGUUUAAAAAAAUAAAACCUUCAAUAAAAUGAAUAGAAAUGCAAGUUCAAAUUUUCUCGAUAAA